AUUGUAACUGAAAGUUUAUUUAUUUGUUUAUUUGUUUGCGAGUUUAUUGAUAUUAGACGUGUAUUUCAAAGACAUUCAAUUUCUAGGUACCUACAACAUCUACUAAGGAUGUCACAUAGAACAGGCGAGAAUAGAACUAUUUUAAAAGCCAGGCGCUUCAACAAAUUCCAGUCAACCUCUGCAGCAAUUGCAAAUUAUGUACCUGAUAAUUUAAUUAAUACCACUACUACCACUAGUGAGAUAUUAGGAAAGCAUGGACUCAAAAGGAAUCGGGAUGAAGUCAAUGUAUCAAUCCCAAAAAAAAUGUGCAAUGGUCUCCAGGUAUCAUUAGGUACAGCAAGAAAUUUGGCAAACAACAGACUACAAAGGUUGAAAGGCAGUUUAAAAGCAGAUCUAGAACAAAAGAUUAACUCAGGAACAGAAACUGGUGAAACUGUGAUGACAUCAUCAAAUGGUUCCACAGUAGGACAUUUGGAAACCUUCUCAAAUUAUAAUGAACCAUCCAAAUCUCAAACUCCAGUAUAUGCAGAGGGAUACUCAAUUCCUGAAACCAGUUCCAACAUAAGACUUCAAAACUUGGAUAAGUGGACUACUCCUCCACCUGCCAAGACUAGAAAUACACUUGUAGAAAAUAGUUUCAUUUCUGUAAGAGAAACAAAUGAAUAUGCAGUGAAUUCUUCAAAUAGUCAUACAAAAGCUUUUCAAAAUUUCAAUGAACCCUACAAUUCUGAAAGAUCUUUAAUUAAAGAUAGUCACUCUACAAGUCUAACCAGUCCAAAGAAUAUAUAUAAAAAUUUAGAUAAAUGGGCUAAUUCAUCAAAUAAUUACCAAGAAAAAAAUUUUGCAAAUCAAAGAUUGAACAGACUAAAGAGGGUUGUUAAUGAUCUGAAAUCUAAUGUAGAAUUGGUAUCUAACAAUAAUAAUUGUGGAAUUCAAGAAUCACCACUCAAAUCACAAGUAAACAAUGAUGGAACAAUGAUUCAUCUGAAUAAGGAGCACCAUGGUUCAUUACACAAUAGAGUUUCUGGUUUGAAAAGGAAUGCAGAUUACAGUGAAAGUGAAGUGGCAUGUUCCCCUAUAAAGAAGUCUUCCCCUCUUGAUACUCUUUCCUGUUUAGCUACUAAUAACAAGUGGACAGAAGAUUCAUCUAGAUUGAAAGCUUGUUCUUCAGAAGCAUAUAACUUACUCUCUCCAAAUAUUAAUAAUAAAAAGGGAAAUAAUAAUUUCUCCUCACCUGAGAGAUCUGGAUUAAACACUCUGAAAGCCACCAAUGUUUCUAAUAGAAUUAUGAAAAUCAAGAAGAAUAUGGAAACUAUUAACACCACUUUGUAUCAUGAUCAAUCACCUGUUAUGAAUUAUGACCAGAAGGUAUGUUAUAAUACUCCAAGGAAUUGUGGAAAAUUAAAAUCUUCUGAAAAUUUAAAACAUGAUAAAAAUGGAAGAUCUGGUCAUGAUUGUUUUAAGAAAUCUAUCAAUGAUUCUCAAGGUAGCCAUCAUGAUAAUAUAAAGGAGAAGGCAAGAAACUUCCAAUUCAACACCACUACCAACAAAAUAUAUGAAUGUAGUGGCAGUAAAAGUAAUACUAAUAGUGAUAAUUUUGCAAAAUCUACUAAUGAAUCUCAAAUAAUCAAUUCAAAUAGAAAUACACAGUGCAAUAUUUCACAGCAAACAGGCAUUCUGGAUGACUUGACCUUGGAUCACUUUUUGGAAUCCUCCAAACAUCAAGAUUCUGCCUCUCCUUGCAAGACUUCCUCAGAAGCAAAUAAUUUUGAUAAUUACAAAGGAAAGUGGAAAAUGACUGCAACAUGGGUAUGGAAUCAUCAGAAUAUGAAUGGUACUCCAGAUCAACCAGAAAGUGUAGUUGUUUCUGAGAUAGUUGCAGAGCCGAUUUCUAAAAGGGAAGAUCACAUUGAUGACACAGAGGAAAUGGAAUGGACAAAUGCUGAGCCAGAUAGUGACCAAAUAGAGACACAGACAGAGAUAGAAAUAAGGAAUUCUGCAGAUGAAGAAGCAAAAAACCUACCAAAACAAAAAUCAAAGGAAUUAUGUAUCAUUGUAGAUACAAAUGUAUUUAUUUCUGGGCUAUCCAGAAUUAAAGAUAUUAUGAAUUUGAAAAUUACAGAACCAACCUCACUUAUUAUAUAUGUUCCUUGGAUGGUGAUCACUGAAUUAGAUUAUAUGAAGCAUUCUUGUUCGGAUGAUAAACUCAAACAAAAAGUAACCAGUGCCAUUAAAUUUAUUAACACAGCAUUAGAAAAUAAAAAUCCUAGGUUUUUAGGUCAAACAAUACAUGAUAUGGAGCAACAAAAGUCAAUAGGUAUUAGCCCAGAUGACAAAAUUGUGUCUUGCUGUCUGCAAGCAAAUCAAAAAUAUGAAACUGUGAUAUUACUCUCAAAUGAUUUGAACCUUCGAAGUAAAGCGAUGAUCAACAACAUAUCUGCCACUUCCGCCAAUGAAAUAAUAAUGAAAAUCCUAUCGAAAACGACAAAAACCGCCAAGUCACAAAAAAUCAUGCAGAAAAUGAGCAUGUUAUGCUCGUCUGUUAUUUGCGAUUGCGCCAAAGACACCUACGGAGACGUCUGGUCAAAAAUGGAUCUCCUUUCAAGUCCCCCAUGGUCAUUGAAAGAGUGCCUGAAGAGGUUUCGGAAGUACUGGCCUACUGUAUUUCAAGACAAGGUGAUGAAGCAGUUUACCAUGGUCGUUGACCAAUUGUUGGCAAUCUUUCAUAAGAACAGAUAUUUUGCUGAUGACUCCGAGGAUUAUGUGAAAUUCAUGAAACUUUGUAUAAAUUUAUGCAUUUUUUUGAAAGACAUCCAACAAUGUAGGGGCUCGGUGGAGAAUACACUGAGAGACAUAACAAAAAUAUGAUGAAUAAUUUAUUGUUACUUAUUUUCAAAAAACAGUUAUUUUUUCGUUUUAGAACUGAUGUCACGUUUG